AUGCGCUACGUCUUCGCGUCGACGGGCCAGCAGGUCGAGGUGCCCCUGCUCCCCGGCCUGGCGCUGCGCGGCGACGCCUGGUACUCGCGCGCGGCGACGCCCGGGGGCUUCAACAAGACGCAGGUGCUGGCCCAGGAGUGGACCAUGGCGCACCCGUCCGGGGGCGAGAACCGGGCGGCGACGGCCAAGGGGUCGCCGCGCUGCGCGAGCCUGCUGGGCGCGUCCGCCGCGGCCGGCGGCGACGGGCCCGCGAGCCCCGCGGCGUCCCCCGCGAAGCCUUCGAGCCCGCGGCCGAGCUCGCGGUCCCCGCGCCGGCCCGGUAGCCGGAGCGCGGGCCGGGGCCCCGUCGACGAGGACGCGGCCUUCACGUCGGAAGCUACCGCCGCGUUCGCGCCGAGUUCGCUGGCCCCCAUGGAGCGGCCGGGCGUGCUUCGCUUCGCGGCGUACUUCACGGAGUCGACGGAGUGGGCCUUCUCCGGCGAGCUCGGCAAGCCCAGCGACCGGGGCGUCCAGGUGCGCAAGUGCUUCGUGCUGUUUCAUUUGGAGGACGGCACCGUGGAAGUGUUGGAGGAGCGGACGUCGAAUUCCGGCGUCGCCGGCGGGCGCUUCUUCAACCGCGCGCCUCCCGGCGCCGCGGGCAUGGGCUGGAAGACGCAGCCCGCGCCGGGUUUGGGCGCGCCGUCGACGGCGGGGCCCGAGGGGCUCGAGGUCGGCGGGGAGCUCGUCUUCCUCGGGCAGACGUUCUACCUCGUCGACGCGGACGGGUUCACGCGCGACUGGUACGCGCGCGUCUUCGGCAAGACGCAGCCGCCGGCCGUGGACUACCCCGUGGCGACGCCCCGCGAGUACCACGCGGAGCACGCCACGGGCCUGGGCAAGGCCGCGGGCGGCGUCGCCUACGGCAAGGGCGGCGGCUUCGAGGUCUUCCGGAAAAGCCCGGAGGCGGGCGUCCGGAAGCAGCAGAUGAACAAGGAGCGCCAGUUCUUCAGCCACGAGGGGGAGGUCCUCAAGUUCGUCGUGACCUGGGACGACCCGUCGCCCGGCGGCCAGCAGCACGAGUACAAGCUCUGCUUCUACCUGAGCGACUCGUGCGCGGAGCUCUGCACGUCGCCGCAGCCGGGCUUCGACCGCUUCCCCCACCUCCUCCGCCGCCAGCCCCUGCCCCUGAACUGGGACGCGAUCCAGCGCGGCGCGCCGCCGCGCCACGCGGCGGCGGAGGACUUGAAGAUCGGCGCGACGAUCAACGUCUACAACCGGAUUUUGAAGCUCGUCGACUGCACGCAGUUCACGCGGAACUGGUACCGCGAGGCGCUCGGCGUCGUCCAGCCCCCGUCGCAGCACGCGCCCAAGCCGCCGCCGUCGCGCGGCGGCGCGGCGAAGAAGUCGCCGAAGAAGCCCGUCGACGACGGCGCGCCGUCGUUCACCGCGUCCGCGUUCUGCGACGAGGAGCACGGCUACGCGACGUCGACGAUGCACGGCUACAGCGGCAAGCAGUGCGACUGGGACCGCGAGCUCAAGGUCCAGGACAAGACGAUCCGCUGCCGCCUCGUGCCCGUGCGGCCCGACGGCACGACGAAGCCCCGGAGCCACGCGUCGGCGAACGCGAUCGAGGAGCCGCGGCGCACGUUCAUCCUCACGUACUUCCUCCCGGACAACACGCUGUCCAUCUUCGAGGAGCACGUCAACAACUCGGGCGUCAUCGGCGGCGCCUUCCUCAAGCGGGGCAAGUACAAGGUCCCCGACGAGGCCGGGAGCGGCGCGAUGCGCUACUUCUCGCCCACGGACUUUUACCUCGGCGCGCUCCAGGGCAGCAAAAGAGAGCGAAAUUCCCAACUUCAAAGGCUCAUAUCUCGGCCGAUUUCCACUCGCGCGCUCGUCAAGCUCUCCGCGCACAACGUCAUGAAGGUCAUCGAGGUCGACGGCGCGUCGUUGAAGACCAUGGCCGAGAUGGCCGACGAGUUCCCCUUCUCGGACCCGGCCAAGGUCGUACCGAAGCUCGCGGCCGCGGCGGCGGCCGCGGGCGUCGACGUCGUCGCCAUGCUCAAGGAGGCGACGCCGCCGGGCCUACCGCCCGGGCUCAUGCCCGAGGGCGCCUUCAAGCUCGCGCUCACGACGCUGGGCCUCGCGGCCGCGCUCAACGACCACGAGAUGCUCACGCUCUGCGCCGCCUUCGCCAAGGGCGGCGGCAACACGGACGUCGCGGCGCUCGAGGCCGCGCUCUAG